ACUUUCCCAUUUAGCAAAUCUUUGUUUACAGUCCGGGGUUGGACAUAUUUACGUUCUCAUUGUGAAGUGUUGUCGCACUUGUCGGGAGUCACAGUGGAUAACGUGGAUGGACUGUUCCUGACUGCGGUGAUCUGUGCUUCUACAUGUAGGUUUGACCCCUGGUGAAUCGGGACCAAGAGCAGAGGGGGAAUCCUUCAGAAUUCAGCCCAUUUUUUAAAGGGAAAAGUCAGCAUCACAGAGUCUGGUAGUGGCAGUCAACCAUGGCUGAGUACAAGUCUGCCAAGGAGAAGAAGUCCAACACCUUGGGCUGUCUGAAGAUUCUACUCCUUAUCUUCAACUUCCUGUUCUGGUGUUCUGGUGCAGCAGUCCUGUGGCUGGGCAUCUGGAUCCUACAGACAAAGACGAAGUACGUUGCCCUGCUGAACUCGGCCACAUACCCAGCCUGUGCCUGGAUCCUCAUCAUCGCAGGGGUCAUCAUCUGUAUCGUGGGCUUCGUGGGCUGCUGUGGAGCCAUCAGGGAGAACAAGACUUGCCUUAUUGUGUAUUUUGUCUUCCUCCUGAUAGUCUUCCUACUGGAGAUCAUCGCUGGUAUCCUGGCAUAUGUCUACCAAGACCAGUGGCUGCGGGGAGAGCUGAAGGGUGGACUGAACUCCACCAUGAUCAUGCAGUACAAGGCCAAGGGGUCAGAGGGCAUCACCCGGGCAACUGACAUACUACAACAGGAUUUCCGGUGCUGUGGAGUGUUAAACUGGCGGGACUGGAAGGCGAACAGUCCGUCCUUCAAGACAGGGCCGGCCAGGAACAUGACAGCACCAAACAGCUGCUGUAUAUCACCCUCAGACGGCUGUGCUGCCAGGGACCACCCCUCCAACAUCUACCACGUGGGCUGCCUGGAUGCCAUAGAGUCGUACAUCAGGACAUACCUGUUCAUCAUCGGAGCUGUGGGCAUCAGCAUGGCCUGUCUCAUGAUCUUGGGUCUGUUCUGCACUCUGUGUUUCUUCCACCUGGUGGACGAGUACCAGGAGUUAGACAAGGAAGUCCACUGAGCUUCACCGCUCUCUAUCGCCCCCUGUUUAUUGGGAUGAUCCUGACCUGCUGUCUGCACUCAGCCAUCAGGAGGAGUGAGAGUUAGGCUGGUCCUCCUGACAAGUCGUCUUCACAUGGCACAUUGUCUACUACUUAUGUCAAGGUUUAGUUACUAAGAGAUGCACUAGCUAAUCAUGGCAUUACAUGAUUCCUAUGAUGCAACAAAAACUUUUAAACCAAAAAAUUUUGUUUAAAGACAUGAAGCAACUAUAGCUAGCAACAGCAAUUUUUACUUACAAGUAAAAUUCAAUGCUUAGUAGUUUUAACAAUCAAAACUUUAUCAAGAAAAACCACAGAACUAACAGUGGUUGUAGAUACCUUUGACAUAGGAAAUAUUUCAAUACCAGUUGGUAUGAAGCUGUUUUAAGCAAUUUUACUGAAGGAAGUUGUUGACAAUGUGCAUUCAUGUAACUACAAAUGGUAUCAAAACUUUAACUUUUGUAUUUGCAGAUACAGUCUACUUAACAUGUAGUUGAUUUGGUAGCACAAGAUGAAGUUUACGUAGUAACUGGUAUUGGAGAAAAUACCGUACAAAUGACAAACCAACUUUUAACCUCAACUUGAAAUAUGAGGGCUUUUUUAUACAAAGUGACAAAUUUUCUAAAAAUACUGCCAGUAUUUCAGGAUGGAAAGGCAUGUAACAAACAAGAAAAGCUGAAGUCUUGCCACAAAUGCAGAUGUUAUUUUCUUGCCUUCAACGAGAAAAUAACUUUCACAUAACGUCACAAACAACUUCUAUUUGCAAUGUUUUCUAAGACAGUGUGAAGUAUUUAAUGCAAACUAUUUAUAAUAGUUUUAAGCUUUUGGAGCUGAUGAUAGCAAUAUGCAAUUUUGCAGUAGGGGUGGAGGUUACGUCAUAUUUGUUGUGGGGAGCAUGGUAGACGACAGUUUGUAUAUCAGAUAUCUUUUAUUAAUAUUGUUCACACAGAUUUAGGAAUUCGAGUUUGUCAUAGGGUUUUGUGCAAGGUUUAAAUUGCAAUUAUAGCAGUGCAGUACCAUGUAUUAUAAUUUAUAUAUAGUUGAGAAGCAGGAUAUUUUUUUUUUUUGCAAUUGUUACAUGCACUUAUGUUGCGUGGUCUAGAAACUUGAUAUGAAUAAUACUAUUGCGUGGCGUCAUAAUAAGGAAUCAAACAUACCAUAAAGUAGGGUAAAAAUGCUUUUUUGGAUGGC